AUGUCCCUUGCCUCUUAUUUACCGCAGCACGAGGGCUAUCUCCCCAAAUGGCUUCUCUUGGUCUCCGUCGUGUCAACCCUUAAUACCCUCCAAGCCUACGCGAACCCGACUUACACCGGUCAACUCUACGCCGCUACCCCAGUCACCCCCUUAUCCUCGCGUAAAUUCGGGACCUGGACAUUCCUCUCCUCCGUCAUCCGUCUCUACGCUGCGUAUUACAUCACUGAUCAACAUGUGUAUGACCUGGCGAUAUGGACGUACGGAAUUGCAUUGACUCAUUUUGUGAGCGAAUGGCUGGUGUUUGGAAGUGCCAGGGCAAAAGGUAGAUUUCUGAGCCCGUUGGUGGUCGCAAGCGCGAGUUUUACGUGGAUGAUGACACAGAGAGGGUGGCCAUGGCGUCUCGAGCGUGGAGUGUGGCGUGUGGAUGAUUUCAGCGCAGCGCGGGCUAUUGCCCAUUUCCUAUAA